AUUAUGUAGGAGUUAUGUUUUUCAGAUGAUAUUGAAAGUUCCAUCAAUAGUGGUAAAGAUCGAGGGAGGUGUUGGUAACCGAACUGUACCGUUACUUAUCACUGAGAUGUCAUUCCAAGGUGAAGUCAGGGACUGGUCAGGAAAGCUAUAUGUAGAGAGUAGACUUUUGCUGGAAGUGGCUUAUUACAACGAGAAAAUGUCCGUAUGGGAACCACUAGUGGAACCAGUGUUUCAUGAGGGUAAAUACCGGAGAUGGGUUCAACUCGGUCUUAAGAUGUAUACAGGGUACAAACUAUAA